AUGGAGCCUUCUGCAAAGCUCUCUCUGCAGAUACAGCCAGAGAGGGGCAUCGGCUGGAUCACACUCGGCUCCUCUCUUCAUAGUGUGUUGACCAGAUUGAAAGCCUCGCCGCAGACAUACUGCAACAUUGAUCUGUCUUACUCGGCAGCACAACCAAUCGCUUCGCCCAUCAUUCUGAGUCUCUCCUACAACGGAUUAAGGCUUCGAUUUGACGGUCCGGAUCAGCGACUACGCUUGAUUGAAGUCUUGGAUUUUUCCGCAAUAACCCUUGUGUACAAGAAUACAGAUCUCGUUCGCCGUACUAAGGGUGUGGAUGGAAUCAACCCGGAGGAAUAUCCCUCCACCCCCGGACCAACGUUUCGACAUAUUUACAGUCGACUGUUUGGACCUACAUAUGCCGGAGAGUAUCUACCUCCCGAGCAAAACCGGUCCACUGGGACUUAUGUCCUAUCAUAUCCGGGGCUGGCAUUCAGCUUUCCUAUCAAGCAUCAAUCCUGGUCGGACAAAGUAGAUUUUGUCUCCAUACUCUCAUCGAAUGCCACUAGCCCAGCUGUUUCCAUGGCCAUCUUUUCUGGGUCCUCCUGGACAGAAGCACGAUCGAAUCUGUACACGAAACCACCCACCUUUCCCAGACUCUCAUUGCUCCUCGGCAAGUCCUCGGAAACAAUUGCUGAUGAGAUCGAAGAAGUAAAGGUUCUAGGUGGUGGCAAGGUCGAAUUUAUUCGCAGAAAUACACCCGCAUUCACCCUCACUCUGAGUGAGGCCACUCCCCAGGAUCUGGUAGCCGAGCUGGGGCCUCCAGAUGCCAUCUACCGCAAAAACGAUCGUCGUAUUUCCAUACACGCCACGGGCAAACCUUCCAACCAACGACUCCCGAGUAUGUCGCCGGCGCUGGACCCUCAGGCGCUGGACACCGACCAGUCGUCGCUGCAAAGCUAUACAGAAGACUCUGAUGUUGAGCCGGAACACGAUGAGGGGCAUAGCGGAGCAAGCAGAGACGAAUGCUUCUACAACUACUUCAAUCACGGAUUUGACGUUCUUAUAUCGUCUCCAGCCCCGAGGUCACGGCCUUUUCCUGGAAGCUACAAUACUGAGACUUCAAAAUCACCCAGCGCUCCACUUGUGGCCACCAAGCUAUUCUUACAUGGAAACGUUCCUGGAUCCUUUUCUUUUAAUCGCCACCGAAGAUGUCGCUGGACGAUACAUACAACCGAAGAGGGCCAAGAGCAAGUCUUGACUUCGGAGACGGGAUUUUCGGACAUAUCAUCCACCUUGAAGCAAAUAUGGCGCGGUAUAUACCGGAACGAAGACGAAGAAAAGCAAAUGCAGAGAGGAAUGGUAUUGAAUAGAGGUUGGGAACAAAGUCCUGAGAGUUCAAUCGAACUGCUUGGAGACCUGGAGGAAAGCCCAACCCGGGGUCAGGGCUUAGGGGGUGGCUCUGCAGAAGUACUUGGGAACGGGAUGAGCAACACGGAGUUGUUUGGAUUUCCUGGAAUGCUUUUUGAGGUCCUCAAGAACGAUACCAUUAGUUGCUUGACGGUGUUCUAG